CACCCACAUCAAAGCCCCCGCACCCCCCCCCACCCCGUCGCCCUCCUGGUGUAGGCAGCUGCGAGCCGUAAGACACCUUACCUGGAACAGGGUGCCAGACUCGGACCGACACCAGAGUUGGCCUCGGACCUCCCGCCGCACACACAGUUUAAAAAGAAAAACUUCCCAGCCCUGCCUGGUGGCGCGCGCCUUUAAUCCCAGACAGAGGCGGGGGAUCGCCGUGAGUUCGAGGCUACACCGGGACUACACAGUGAAUUCCAGGUUGUGAUCUUCCAUGAUGGGCGAACCACAGCAGGUGAGUGCGCUGCCACCUCCUCCGAUGCAGUACAUCAAGGAAUACACAGAUGAAAACAUUCAGGAAGGCUUAGCUCCCAAGCCUCCGCCCCCCAUCAAAGACAGUUACAUGAUGUUUGGCAACCAGUUCCAGUGCGACGAUCUUAUCAUCCGCCCUUUGGAAAGUCAGGGCAUAGAACGGCUUCAUCCCAUGCAGUUUGAUCAUAAGAAGGAACUGAGAAAACUCAAUAUGUCCAUACUCAUUAACUUCUUGGACCUUCUGGAUAUCUUAAUCCGGAGCCCUGGGAGCGUAAAGCGGGAAGAGAAGCUGGAGGACCUCAAGCUGCUCUUUGUGCAUGUGCAUCAUCUGAUCAACGAGUACCGGCCUCACCAAGCCAGGGAGACCCUGCGCGUCAUGAUGGAGGUCCAGAAACGGCAGCGCCUUGAAACCGCGGAGCGUUUCCAGAAGCAUCUGGAGCGAGUCAUUGAAAUGAUUCAGAGCUGCUUGGCUUCCUUGCCUGAUGAUCUGCCCCAUUCCGAAGCAGGGAUGAGAGUCAAAGCUGAGCCAGCGGAUGCUGAUGAUGGCGACAGCUGUCCUGGACAGAAUGAACAACAAAGAGAAAAUUCAGGCCAUAGAAGGGACCAGAUUAUAGAGAAAGACGCAGCCUUAUGUGUCUUAAUUGAUGAAAUGAAUGAAAGACCGUGAAGAGUGUUUCUCUGCUUUUCUUCCCCUUUUGGUAAAUCACAUAUUAGUUUGUUUUCUCUUGGAUGGUCUUAAAAAGAGGUAUAAUUAAAAAUACAAAGGGAUUUUUUUUUCUUGACUCUGACUUUUCAAUUUUAAGUUGUUAUUGGCAAUUAUUUAGCUAUAGAGUAAUAAGCAUAGGCAAAUGGAUGUGUCUCAGUACUCACCUUAAAAAGCACAGUGUUUGCUGUUGUGUGGGAUAUUGCUAUUUUUUGGAGUUACAAAUGUUGGAAUAAUAGCAAGAUGUCAUUGAAAAAAUAAAGUCAUUUGCCUUAAGAAUGAUAACGGA